AUGUGUGACACCAGUGACUUUGCAGUAGGCGUAGUACUAGGACAAAGAAAGGACAAAGUUCUUCACGCAAUCCACUAUGCAAGCAAGACAUUGGAUGCAGCCCAGAUGAAUUAUUCUACCACUGAAAAGGAAUUGUUAGCCGUAGUUUUUGCAAUCAACAAGUUCAGGUCUUAUCUAGUGAGUUCGAAAGUGUUACUAUAUUCGGAUCAUGCUGCCAUAAGAUAUUUGCUCAACAAGAAAGACGUGAAACCCUGCCUGAUUAGGUGGAUCUUGCUCCUUCAGGAGUUUAAUCUGGAAAUCAGAGACAAGAAAGGGGCUGAGAAUGUUGUGGCAGAUCAUCUAUCCCAAGCGUUGCCAAAUGGACAAAGAGAUAUAGAUUUUGAUCCACCCAUAAACGACGUUUUCCCCGACGAGCAUUUGUUGGCAAUAAAUUCUGAAAGUAUUCCUUGGUAUGCGGAUUUUGUUAACUACCUUGCAAGUGGAGUACUCCCCCCAAACCUUAAUUGGCAACAGAAGAAGAAGUUCUUCUCAGACAUCAAACAGUACAUAUGGGAUGAACCACUGCUUUUUAGGAGAUGCGGAGAUGCAAUCUACCAAAGGUGUGUGCCGGAAGACGACAUCAAGGACAUUUUAUUUCACUGUCAUUCAUCCCCUUACAGUGGGCACUUGGGAGUAUCAAAAACAACAGCUAAGAUUCUACAAGCAGAUUUUUUUUGGCCAAUGGCAGUUGAUUACGUGUCUAAAUGGGUAGAAGCUAUAGCUUCUCCUGCUAAUGACGCCAGAAUGGUAAUCAAAUUGUUUAAGAAAGUGAUUUUUCCACGAUUCGGUGGGCCAAGGGUAGUUAUUAGUGAUUGGGGUUCGCACUUCAUCGAAAGACAGUUUGAGAACUUGUUAAAGAAAUACGGUGUCAGCCACAAAGUUGCGACACUCUACCACCCUCAAACAAAUGGACAGGCUGAGAUUUCCAAUCUGGAGAUUAAGGCAAUAUUAGAAAAGACAGUAUCUAGCUCCCGCAAAGACUGA